UGCGUUUGAGCGGCUCAACAGAAUGGAGGGUUAGCUCCUAUUGACAUAUGAGACUCUGUCGGUCUCCUCUUAAAUCCAUGUGUCAAUAGCACACGCCACACGAAGACGCCAGAGGGGUGCUUCUUUCAAGAGAAGUUAUUUGAAGAAAACCAAAUAAUACCAGGAGUCGAUUAUACCAAAUUCAAUAUUCGAGAGUUAGUUCACAGUUGAAAGCAGCAGCUCAGCACCGCUUCACAUAGGCCAGACUGUCAGAUGAGGGUUACAGUGGCUUGUGGAGAUAGUCUUAUGUCAUUCAUCAGAUUUAUCGACGACUUCGAGAGUGCCAUCCGAAUUGCUUCAAUGAGCAGAAAGAGGCGCAAUCUGUCCAAGCUGAGGUUCCAGAAUGGGAUGUGGUUGAUGCGUGCUUGAGUCAUACCUCGUCGCAAGACUGCAUGCAAUCUAGGACUUCGUGCGGCUCUGCUCUAGUCCUCCCAGGCUGCACGGGGCAAAAAUUGGACAGCAUCAGACGCUGGGGAUGUCGUCACCUUAGUUGAUAGAUGAUCUGAAUUGCGCUAAUAGGAAUUUUGAACUUCUUUUCUCUGCAUCCUAAAUGGUGUAUAUAAGACCCAUUCUCCACGACCGAACGACUUGCCUUGACGAUGUUGCUCAUCCGACCUCUUCUGCCCUAUCGAAUCUAGCUUACCUCCUCCCGAACAAAAAUCCACAGGCCCCGACAUGCAUAUUAAAGGUUUAUCUUUGGUUCUCCUAUGGGGGACUUUCUUGGGUUCCACACUAGCCGGCUCCAUAUCCAAACAACUAUCGACGUUCUCAUGGAGUCCUACUCAAGUCCACUCAUUCAGCCUACACGCCAACAGUCAAUUCUACCACAUCUGGUGGAACGGAACCGGCUUCGACUACCAGAUACUCCCAGGCAGCGGAUGGGCUAGUGCCCCCGAAGCAGUGAGCUGGGGUCCAAACCACAUCGACCUGUUCGCUCUUGACCGUGAAAACUCCUGCUACCAUACUACAUGGGACGGCAGCAGCUGGAGUAGCUGGGAGAACUUAGGCGGGCAGUUUACGAGCUCGAUCAAGGCCGUGUCUUGGGGUCCUGGUCGCAUCGAUCUGUUCGGUCGAGGACCGGACAUGGCCGGCUGGCACAAUACGCGGGACGCAAGCGGGUGGUAUCAAUGGUCAAGCCUUGGUGGCGACCCUCAUCUGGGCGGGUGGCUGAAUAGCGGCAUUGAAGCGGUCAGUCGGGGUGCGAAUCUGCUCGAUUUCUUCGCCCUCGGCAUCGACAACACCUGCCUCCACAGGUCAUGGGAUGGUAGUACCUGGAGUCCAUGGACCAGUCUUGGCGGCAGCUUGACAGGGCCUAUAUGUGCCGUUAGUUGGGGCUUGGAUCGACUUGAUCUGUUCUCAAAAGGGCCCUCUAAUGAGCUGUUACAUAAUUGGUGGGAUGGAGUGAGCUGGAGCGGAUGGGAGUCUCUAGGUGGCACGAUCAUAAGUGACAUCAGCUGCGUAUCGCGGGCGCCAAAUCGGCUGGAUGUCUUUGCUCUGGGUACUGAGAAUACUGCUUUUCAACGACGAUGGAAUGGAAACAGCUGGGAAGAAUGGGUGAGGUUGGGAGAUACUAGGUUUUUCAGCGCCGUCGCGGCUAGUGCGGCGGGAGCAAACCACCUCGACUUGUUUGCGGUUGGCAUCGACAAUGGCUUUUUUCAUCAGUCAUGGAACGGUAGCAAUUGGGAUGGGUGGACUUGGCUUGGUGGUUCUCUGAUCAACAACAUCCGAAACACUUGAGGCACUUGUAAAUUACCCAUGUAGAUGAGCGAUACCAAGUCGCCAGCCCAGGUGGGCUCGGUUUUCAAGUGCCUGCUUGACGUAGCGCUGCACCUCCCUGUUAUAGACAGAAGAUGUCACUGCAGAUUCAGCGUUCACCUCCGUAUUGAACUAGGUAGAUGAGACUAACUUGUCUCUAUUCGCGUCAUUUUUUACUACUUGAGAACACUGAUUUAUAUUCACAUUAGAGAAGGG